UUACAGGGGUACCAACUGGCCGCUCCUCCCUAACAGACGGUUUUGUUGAGUUAGCUUCUUUUUUUCUUCUUCUUCUUCUUUUUUGGCCCCACUUCCUACGAGAGAAACUGCUUGAAUGAGGAAGAAGAAAGGAGUCCGGGGUGGGGGGGGGGGUCCUCUGAAGGUGCCUUCACCAUCCUCAUUAGCCUCCUGAGCUGGGUUGAGGACUGAAGCUACAAGUCUCCUGUGGUCGCUGGGGCUAGAGCUUGACUCUGGAGAGAGGAAAGGAAGAAUGGAAGCCUGGUGAAGAGGCAGAGUUUAGAAGCCUGAGGGAGCUCAGUCCUGGCAGCACCACCACUGAAUUCCUGGUGGUGGGAGGAUGUGGCCCCUGGACCCAGCCCAGAAAGAGGUGCUGAGGUUUGCAAUCAGCUGCCGUGUCCUCACUCUGGUGCUGCAGGCUCUCUUCAAUGCCAUCAUCCCAGAUCACCAUGCAGAAGCCUUCUCUCCUCCUCGCCUCACCCCCUCAGGCUCUGUGGACCAACUUGUGGAGGGUCUCUUGGGUGGCCUGUCGCACUGGGAUGCUGAGCACUUCCUGUUCAUUGCUGAGCACGGCUACCUGUAUGAGCACAACUUUGCGUUCUUCCCUGGUUUCCCCCUGGCCCUGUUGGUGGGGACUGAACUGCUGAGCCCUCUGUGGGGGUUACUGAGCCUGCGGAGUUGCCUGUUAAUCUCAGUAGCAUUGCUCAAUUCCUUGUUCUCCGUGCUGGCUGCAGUCGCACUUCAUGACCUGGGCUGUCUGGUUUUGCACUGUCCCCACCAGGCCUUUUAUGGAGCGCUGCUUUUCUGUCUCAGCCCCGCCAAUGUCUUCCUGGCAGCUGGUUACUCAGAAGCUUUGUUUGCCCUCCUGACGUUCAGUGCCAUGGGGCAGCUGGAAAGGGGCCGAAGCUGGACUAGUGGACUCCUCUUUGCCUUUGCCACUGCUGUGCGCUCCAAUGGACUGGUCAACGUGGGCUUCCUCGUGCAUUCUCAGUGCCGAGGCUUUUUCUCUUCUUUCAUGGUGCUGAAUCCUCUGAGACAGCUCUUGAAGCUAAUGGGCUCUGUGUUCCUUUCAGUGCUCGCACUUGGCUUUCCCUUUGCCCUCUUUCAGUAUUAUGCCUAUACCCAGUUCUGUCUGCCAGGCCCAGCCCACCCCAUCCCUAAGCCCCUGGUGCAGUUAGCUGUGGACAAGGGCUACCGGACCACAGAGGGAAAUGAGCCGCCUUGGUGCUCCUGGGACAUUCCCCUAAUAUACAGCUACAUCCAGGACAUCUACUGGAAUGUUGGCUUUUUGAGAUACUAUGAGCUCAAGCAGUUGCCCAAUUUUCUGCUGGCUGCACCAGUGGCUACACUGGUUGCCUGGGCAACUUGGACGUAUGUGACCACUCACCCUUGGCUCUGCCUUACACUUGGCAUGCGAAGGAGCAAGAACAAUAAGACCCUAGACAAGCCUGAUCCUGGAUUCCUCAGUCCUCGGGUGUUCGUGUACCUGGUGCACGCCGUAGUGCUGCUGCUGUUUGGCGGUCUGUGCAUGCAUGUUCAGGUUCUCACCAGGUUUUUGGGCUCCUCCACUCCUAUUGUGUACUGGUUUCCAGCUCACUUGCUUCAGGAUCAAGAGCCGCUGCUGCGAUCUCUAGAGACUGUGCCUUGGAAGCCUCUUGCAGCGGACUCCCCACCGGGACAAAAGGUCCCCAGAAAUUAUAUCAUGGGACUUUUAUACAACUGGAAAACCUGUUCUUUAGUCACACGAUGCAUUCUAGGCUACUUCCUGACUUACUGGCUCCUGGGACUACUCCUACAUUGCAACUUCCUGCCUUGGACAUGACCUGGAGUCUCAGGGGACAGGCUUGAAGCAGACUUAACCAGGGGUCUGGAAGUACGAAUACACACUGGGCCUGCCUGUCCUGUCCUGGGAUCCUUAGUCUGUCCUCUCUCUUUCUCUUUGGAGGUUGGUUAGGAAUGGGAGAAGUAUGAGCCACUAGAGAGCCCCUUCUGGUCCUGUCUGUGGCAAAUUUUAGAGUAGUAACUAUUUUCUCUGUACGUGAAGAAAUCUUAUUCCAAGUCUGAAGUGCACCUGGAGUUGUCUCAUCAACCAAGCAUAGCAGAGACAGUCUUCACCUUGCCACUGACCCAAACAUAAAUUUAAAUGUAAAUUACUUAAAUGUAAAUUUCGUAGGUCAUAGUCCACACACGAUGCCGGAGGCCUGAACAGUAUGGCGGCAGUAGUAAGUAAAGGGGGACCAUCUUUUCUAAAUGGGACAUUGUUUCUGAUGAUUUUUUUCAUGAUUUGUUCAUUUAUUUAUAUGAAAAAUCUUACAAAGAUAUGCAAAUUAAACAACUUUCGGUUAUACAUGCAA